GAAAAGGGAGAGACUCGAGGGAAGGAUCUUUUUUCUUUCAUCUUUACAUAAAAGCAAAAUGCACUCUCCUUCCACCGCAGCCUGGCAGCAGCGUUCAUUCUGUGCCCGACAGUCAGGAGGCACCGAACCCAGCACAGCUCGGGUGUGAAAUUUUCCAAGGAAGAGCUAACAAAAGUAGCAUUUGCUCCUUUAAGGCUGAACUAAGCAGAGCUGGGGGCGUGUGUCGAGCCGUUAAAAUUAGCCUCCCAGCUCCAGAGCAAUCACAAGUGGUAAAGCGGGAACUGCGGUAAGGGAUCCAUCCUCCACAGUCACCUGCAGUGUGUGUGUCAGAUCAGAAGCAGCAGCCUGGGGAUAGGCAGCAGCACAGGAGCAGGUUGACCUGUGAUCUUUGAUUACAGCCCAGAUUCCACUGUACCUGAGCGCUACAAUGAGGUUGACAGGGCUGAUCCGGAUAGCGACUGUGAUGUUCUCACUGGGCACCACCUGGCUCUUUGUACAGACGUACUUCAACACCGGCUGGAAGGUCGUCAGUCUGCGGAGCUGGCUGGGUGCCGGCCCCGACCUGCCCAAGACCCAACCCCCACGAAACAAGUGUGGUAACCAAAAAAGUUGUCCCGAAAACUCAUUUGCCUUUAAAGUCAUGAGUGGAGCAGCCAAUGUUGUUGGGCCUUCGAUGUGCUUUGAAAAUACGAUUAUCAUGAGUGGCGUGAAGAGCAACGUUGGCAGAGGGUUAAACAUCGCACUAGUAAACGGAACAAAUGGCCAGCUCAUGAAAACCGACGUCUUCGACAUGUAUUCUGGAGAUAUCAAUCUGUUACUGGACUUCCUGAAAGCAAUCCAAAGUGGCACUAUAGUGAUAGUUGCCUCCUACGAUGAUCCAGCAACAAAGCUGAACGAUGAAGCACGGACGUUACUCACCAACCUGGGAAGUAGCCACGCGAGCAAGCUGGCCUUCCGAGACAACUGGACUUUCGUGGGUGCAAAAGGGCUCAAGGAUAAAAGCCCCUAUGAACAGCACUUAAAAAAUGAAGCGGCAAAAAACAAAUAUGACGGCUGGCCGGAAGUUCUGGAAAUGGAAGGCUGUCUCCCAAAGAAGAUGGAUUAAUAGUGUGCUGAAGUCAGAACAACGCCCACAUCCAGCCUUAUUUAACAAUACGUUCCUGUUUGGCUGGAAGACGGCAUUUCCAGCUGAAUCCAGCAUAUGAACUGAUCCCAGCUCCGUGACAGCACAAGCCAACUGGCUGUUUUCAAAUCACCAGCCAACUUAUAAGGGUGUCUAAACACUGCUUUAAAACCAUGUAGGCUAUGGUAUACUACACCGGCAAUGAAGUCACAGCAAAUGUCUAAUCUUCCAGCAUGCUGCUUUAUUAUAUUAAUAUGGCACAUGUUGAGGUGAAGGCAGCAGUCUCAAUACCAGGCAUUUAAUUUUUCUGUCUGUCUCAAAACAAUAAGUGCCCCAAUAACCCCACUUGGGAAGAAAUUGCAUCAGCUUCUGCUUCUUGAGUUGUUAAAAGUGAUGUUCCCAGUUAAAUCCUCCCACAUUGUUGCCAAGAAAAGAGAUCAGCAGGCAGGGGGCUUCUCAGCCUGGCUGACAAAGGCAGAACAAAAUCCAGUGGCUGGAAGUUGAGGUUAGAUCAAUUCAACCUUGAAAUAAGAUGCCAUUUCCUAGCAAGACGAAGGAUUAAACAUCGGAACAGCUUGCUGGGGAGGUGGUGCGCUCGCUGUCACUUGGAGUCUUUGAGACAAGCUUUUAUAUCUUUUUUAAGUAUACACUUUAACCCAGCUUCUAGGAGAAAUUCUAAAGCCUUUGGGGGGCGUGGGAGGGGUGGAUGUCAUGGUGGCCUUGGAAUGUGGGAAUCUAUGACUCCCCCUGUUCGUUCCCCUCCUUCAUGGGCCACGGGGAGGCCAGGAAGCCCUGCUCUGCCCUCAGCAUGCUUGUA